UUCACUCGCUGACGGACAGAGACUGAAAUAUCCGGUGACUCCGAACCUGUUGUCGGACAAAAUAAAACCCGGACUCGGCGCUUUGACAACAUUUGUAAUUCAACUCGCUUGCGUUGUUUGGUCUGAGACUGAUUUUGCUCGCCCCCGGGGGCGGGGGUCAGGGUAGUGUCGCCGCUGGGAGAGGGCCUGGGCCGAGGCUGAGGCCUAGGGCCUGGGGCUUGCUCGGUAUUUGGAGGAGGCAGGUGUGAGGGAGAAGAUGGCUGGCGCCAGUGGUAAUGUCGCGCAGAAGACUUGGGAGCUGGCGAAUAACAUGCAGGAAGUUCAGAGCAUCGACGAAAUCUACAAAUACGACAAAAAGCAACAGCAAGAAAUCCUGGCGGCGAAACCCUGGACUAAAGAUCAUCAUUACUUCAAAUACUGCAAAAUCUCAGCUCUUGCACUUUUGAAGAUGGUGAUGCAUGCCAGAUCAGGUGGAAACCUAGAAGUGAUGGGCUUAAUGUUGGGUAAAGUGGAUGGUGAAACAAUGAUCAUAAUGGACAGUUUUGCUCUCCCUGUGGAAGGGACAGAAACAAGAGUCAAUGCUCAGGCUGCUGCAUAUGAAUAUAUGGCUGCCUAUAUAGAGAAUGCAAAACAGGUUGGCCGUCUUGAAAAUGCAAUUGGCUGGUAUCACAGUCACCCAGGUUAUGGAUGCUGGCUUUCAGGAAUCGAUGUUAGUACUCAGAUGUUAAAUCAACAGUUUCAGGAACCAUUUGUAGCAGUUGUGAUUGACCCUACAAGAACUAUAUCUGCUGGAAAAGUAAACCUAGGGGCUUUCAGGACAUAUCCUAAGGGUUAUAAACCACCUGAUGAAGGUCCGUCAGAAUACCAGACUAUUCCACUUAACAAAAUAGAAGAUUUUGGAGUACAUUGCAAACAGUAUUAUGCCCUUGAAGUUACUUAUUUUAAAUCAUCUUUAGACCGGAAGCUGCUUGAACUUCUGUGGAACAAGUAUUGGGUGAACACACUCAGUUCAUCAAGUCUGCUAACAAAUGCUGAUUAUACCACCGGACAAGUCUUUGACUUGUCUGAAAAGUUGGAACAGUCAGAAGCCCAGCUUGGUCGAGGCAGUUUCAUGCUUGGUUUGGACACCCAUGAUAGAAAAUCUGAAGAUAAGUUAGCCAAAGCUACACGAGACAGCUGCAAGACUACUAUAGAAGCUAUACAUGGCUUGAUGUCCCAAGUUAUUAAGGAUAAACUCUUCAAUCAGAUCAAUGUACCUUCUGCUUAAUGUCUGGCAAAGUACCUUUUCCGUCUGGCAAAGAAAACACCUUGCAGAACAUGUGUGUGUGCAGCAUGAAGAGAGUCCUUUCAAUUAAAAAGUUUUUAAAACCUACAGCAUCUGCAGUUAUAUCCCAAGAUGCUAGUGACACAUUGAGAACUAAUGGUUGUUUUCUUGGAUUUUGUCAUCUUGACUGUCUUAAUUUGAAACAAUAUUGCUAAAGUUUCAUUAACUGGCAGUUUGUCUGACCACCUUACUUCAUUAUGAGUAAACCUGCUCUUUAUUGAAGCAUCAGAAGUCCAAAAUAAGAAAUAAUCCAUGGUGGAACUUCUAAAAAUAGAAAAUGUAAACAGUGUGCUUUGUGUUAUUAAAACAAGUUAGUAUACCAGAAUUUGUACUUUUUAAAAUUGAAUUGCACUGAAGAUGCGGCAUGUUAGCGUGUUUCAAAUAUGUAAUGUACUUUUUUUUUAAAUUGGGUAUUAUUUUACAAUUGGGUAAAAUUAAUGACUGCAGAUGCUGGAAACCAGAUUCUGGAUCAGUGGUGCUGGAAGAGCACAGCAGUUCAGGCAGCAUCCAACAAGCAGCGAAAUCGACGUUUCGGGCAAAAGCCAGGGCUUUUGGAUGCUGCCUUAUUUUACAAUUGACCUACUCAGGCAUUCACAUUUCUAAACUAAGGUAUAUUAACAAUUAAAAAAAAUUCUUUUUCA